UAAGCGCAACCUUUGCACCAUUCCGACUCUGGAACGUAAGUCUCCUUUCUUCCAUCCACUGCAACACAUAAUCCCUAUUCUCUAGUUUAGAAAAUUCUCCAACGAUUCGCACCAUAAUGUAUUCAGUUUCGGCAUAGACUAGCUUGAGUGCUGGGCAAAUUCUGGGUCUGCCUGAGAAGGGAAUGUAUUCUCAGGUCGGUCUGAUUGCAGACCAACGCUCCGGACGGAACUCGUCAGCGUUCUCUCCCCAGAAAAAUCUAUCGCGCUGUUGAGAGCGGAAGUUGAUUUCGACGACAUCUCAAUCGAGAUAACUAAUUCACUACUUCCCUCUACCGAAGGAAAAACAGGAUCAUCUCUCAUUCUGCUACCAGCAGAAUCUGCAGUGCAACGUCAUUGCCUAAGGCCUAGACAACAAUACAACAUGCAAGAGGAGCAUUACUGGAGCAACGCGUUUUUGUUCGCGGGAUCUUGAAGGCUCUGCACUUGUACUCGACGCUAAGGUAUCCUAUCAUAAUGAAGAAAGGUCACACUAGGUAUGCCCCAGCCUCUUACAUUCAGGUACAGGCAGUGUUGUAUUAACUCUGACUGUCUUGAUUAGCCUUCUUUGUGACAGACCUACUACCUUAUGCAGGGUACAACCAUGGAAACCAAUUAGAUUUAUGCAGUGGCUUCUACGAGUGCUACGCGUACACAGUGCCAGCAGUUCUCACCGCUCAUUCUUACUCAAGCCAUGACAUCAUUAAAGCAAUAUUAAGGUCUACUAUCUAACGCUUUCACAACCAACCGGACCGCCAUAUAGAUGCGUAAUUGGGUAACCAAGAGGAUAAAUGACCUGCAUUGCAUUUGCGUUAUGCCCAGCCAACUUCACCGCAAAUGCUUUGCAGCGUAUGCUUGCGUACUAUAUAUUAUGCGUCCCGCAAAUUUGUUCGACUUGUUCUAUAAGUAACCAGCUAUCAAACUUUCACUGGGAAGGAUUGCAAAGACUUCCAACCUGUGCUUGCACCAACAUUACAACAUAGCCAUUAUUGUGCCACCGUACUAACAACGUGAAACAUGAUAUCAACGUAGUCGUUGUUGGGCAUGUCGAUUCAGGCGAGUCGACAAACACUGGACAUCUCAUGCACAAGCUUGGAAGCGAAGAUCCAAACCCUCUUGAUCGUUAUGAAAAGGAAGCUCAUGAAAUAGAACGUGGUAAAGCAGUUGAUACUUUCCUCUGGGGUAUUACCACGGCGAGAUACAAGGUUAAUAUCCUGGACGCACCCGGCCAUCAAGAUUUCAUCAAUUGCAUGUUCACGCGCAUUCUACAGGCAGACGCCGCUCUUGUCAUCGUCCCUGCAAAUGUCGGCGCAUUUGAGGGCGCCUUUUCUGAAGGAGGACCGAUUCGCGAACACAUUCUCCUUGUUCACCUUUGGGGCGUGAAACAACUAAUCAUCGGCAUUACUCAGAUGGAAGCUACUAACUGGUCGAAAGACCGGUAUUUUGAAGUUGUUCGCGAAGUGUCUGGAUAUAUCAAAAAGAUUGGUUACGAUGCUAGCCAGGUUCCUUUCGUUCCCAUGUCUCAUCGCGAGGGCGACAACAUCAUGACUCCUUCUAGCAACCUUCCAUGGUAUAAGGGUGUGCACAAGAAUAAUGCAAACCGCAAAACUCUUCUCGAAGCUCUCGAUGCGAUCGAACCCUCUUCUCGUCCAGACAAUUCGCCUCUACGCUUUCCUGUCCAAACUGUCAGCAAAAUCAAUGGGAGCACAGUUGUAGCCGGCCGCGUUGCAUCCGGUGUCAUCAAGCCAGGCAUGGAUAUCAUCUUUGCCCCGGCCGGGCCGAGCGCUAAGGUACAAUCUUUGGAGACGGAAAUACCGAUUGAGCAAGGCAUCUUUGGCGAUAGUGUCAGCUUCAAGGUUGAUGUCCCUGAGAACAAGAUCCACCGAGGCAUGGUUGCCGGUGACGCGGAGCAGGAUCCUCCUAAGGCUGUUGCGUCUUUUACUGCCCACAUAAUUAUACUCAACAGCCCAAAAGACAUAAAACGUGGCUAUACCCCGGUAAUCGACUGUCAUACCUCUCACAUUGCGUGUAAAUUUGUCGAGUUUUUUUGA